UCUUCUUUUUCAAAUGUUGUAUUUAAUAUUUUGUAGUCCCUUUUUUAUUUAAAGGUUUUAAAAUAAAAAAAAAUAAAAAAAUAGUAAAGCCUAAGAUAGGCACAUGCAAUUUAUUCGGGAGUCUGUGUUACUGGCAGUGGCAUCCCAUGCUCUUUCUGCAUGGCCUUCGAACAGUGACAACUUUACCAUCAUAAAUAAUAUUCCCCCAUUUGCAACAUGCACCCACCAAUUCAGAGAGCUCUUCUAACACACACAGAGACAGAGACAGUGAGAGAGAGAGAGAGAGAGAGAGAGAGGAGGCAAUUACUUUCUACCUAAUUAGGAUGAGCACAAAAUCCUUCAGGAAGUAUCAUUCAAUGGAACUCCAAGCCUCUCCUCCACCUCCUUAUCAAUCACCCACAGCACUACGUGUCUUCAAAAAGUCCUAUUCGUUUGAAUUCCCGACCUCUCCUCAACCUCCUACUAUACGGCCCGAAGAUCAAAUAAUUCAUCAUCCAAGUCACCAGCAACAUCCCCUAGUCCGACUUACUACUACUCUCCCUAACCUCUUCACAUGCUCUGGCUGCAAGGACUAUGGUGCUGGCAAGAGGUUUGCAUGCCAACAAUGUGAUUUUCAGCUUCAUGAAUUCUGUGCCUUGUCUCCUCCCUCUCUCGACAAUCAUCCCCUCCACCCCCAACACCUACUCCUCUUCAAUCCCAAAUCUAAACAAGGGGCAAAAUGUGACAUUUGUAACAAGCCGACCAAAGGCUUUGCAUUCUGCUGCAGUGCCGCUGCCUGUAGUUUCCAGAUGCAUCCUUGCUGUGCAAUGUUUUCUUCUGAAAUGAAGUUUUCAGUCCAUCCACACUCCUUGAAGCUAAUCUCAACUUCCGGUGGUGGUGACCCUGCUGGUUUUGUCUGCAGUGAGUGCAAGAGGAAGAGAUCGGGUUGGGUGUUUCGUUGCACUGUUUGUGAUUACCAUCUCCACGCAGUUUGUGCCAAGGACAUGAUCAAUGGGCUGCAAGCCAAUGGGAUUAAGGCCCCAGUGAAGCCAAACAAGCUGGCGAGUGCAGUUCGUAUUGCAUCAAUGGUGAUCACGCAAUUCAUUGGUGGGCUUGUACAAGGGAUUGGGGAAGGUUUGGGACAAGCUAUCCUUCAAGAUGCUAUGAGAGGAAGAAGGUUCGUUAGUAUUAGAAGAAGAGCAGCCUAGAAUGAAUCAACAUGAAUGAAUGAAUAACUAAAUGCUUAGUAUAUAAUAACAUAUUCUUCGUCUCUCAUGCUUAUAUUGUAUUGUAUGUGAAUCUCUGAUCAUCAUUAAAAUGAAGUUUGGAGUGUUUGAAUUUGAAUCAGAACAACAGAACAUUAUAAUGUAAUGUCCUGAUUCGGUUAAUAAUUUGUAUAACUUUCUGUAGCUGAAGAGGUUUGUUGGCUACUGCAGGAAUUAAAGCACCUAUGGAGCUGGAUAUUGGGGGGGUAAGAGCCAAAUUGUAUGCUAAAACCAUUCAGCUUACGAUUAUAUAUAUACACAACUAUUUAUGUCUGUUUGUAAUGUAUGUUUGCUCAUAGUAUAUGUGACACGAGUGGUUCACUUUUGUUGAAGCGAGCUCUUAUUUGAUUG